GCAGACCCUUAACGACUGAGCCACCCAGGCGCCCCCACCACUGCAGGCUUCUGAGCAGAAGGCACGGUCUGCCCAAUCACUCUCCGGGUGGCUGUGGCUCGGUGUUAACAAGGACCAUAGAGGGCUGAGCAGAAGCAGAGUGUGGACUGUGUUUAUCCAAGAAGACGGCUUGGUCUUGGAGCUUGCAGUGGGACGGUGAGAGCUGGCAAGCCCUGGCAAGUGCAGGACAACAGGACCUUUGGUUGGAACUGUGUGGGGGGACAGAGGGGACCUGAGCAGCUGGACCAAGGUGGAGUCUCCAGCACCUGUACUGGGGGAGUUGCAAGAAGAGCUGGUUUCCAGGGACACGUUGAAUCUGAGUGUCUCUGGCGGGGCCCAGUGGUCAGAGCACAGACAUGUGGGUCAGGCCAGGGCCAGAGAGGCAAGGAGACAGGCCCAGGGCCCAGCCCUGGAGCAUCGGGGUGGACAGGUGGGGGAAACGAAACGGAGUCUGAGAGCAGAGGCUGGGGAGAGCCAGAAGGUGGGGCCAGAGCAAAGGGAGGGACUUUCCCUGGGGGCUCACGGAGGGAGAGACACAGGAAGCCGAGACCGGACGGGGCAACCGUGCACCAAAGGCCCCCGCCGCUCUCCUAUCCGUCCCUGGACACAUCCCUGAGGCCGCUCUGCUGAGCAAGACUUUCCAUGGAGAAUGCCAGUGAGGACCCCACCAUAUUCAUGACCCAUUCUCUGCCCAGUGAUCCCCGGCUCUUGGCCACCGUGACCAACACAUACUUGGGCACACGUGUGUAUCAUGACACGCUGCAUGUGAGCGGCGUGUACAAUGGGGCUUCCGGGGACACACACCGGGCCAUUCUGCCGAAUCCCCUCAAUGUCCAGCUGGAGGUCCCUGCAGAGACAGGAGAUCAGCUGACCCAGACCUUUGCCCUGGACACUAACACAGGCUCCUUUCUGCACACCCUAGAGGGCCCCGGCUUCCAGGCCUCCCAGCGCAUCUACGCCCACCGCACGCUGCCUCACGUCAUAGCUUUCAGUGUGUCUAUCACCCGUGUGGCCGUGGGGACCCGGCCCAUCACGGUGCUGUUGCGGUCAACCUUCUCCCCAGAAAGCCCAGACCUGGACCUGCAUCUGGGUCCCGACUUCCAAGGAGCCCGGUACCUUUAUGGCCACACACUAACCCCGGAGCAACCUGGGGGGUCCCAGCAGGAGGUGCACAUGCUGUGGACACCAGUGCCCCCAGCCCUGACGCUUGGGGAAAGUGAGGAAGACCAGACCUGGGAGUUCCUGACCGUUGUAGGUGGCAGCCGGGCUGAGGCCCAGGCCUGCCUUGCCGAGGCCUUGCAGCUGCUGGCCGGGGGCACUCUGUACACCGUCCAUGCCCAGGCCUGGGCCCAGCUCUGGGCUGGCUGUGGCCUGGAUGUGGUGGGGCCCCUACCCCUACGCCAGGCCUUGCGUGGCGCCCUCUACUACGUGCUCAGUGCCCUGCCACAGCCUGGGGCCCCAGGCUACACCUGCCACGGCCUCAGCCCUGGGGGCCUGUCCAAUGGGAGCCGAGAGGAGUGCUACUGGGGCCACGUCUUCUGGGACCAGGAUCUCUGGCUGUUCCCAAAUAUCCUGACGUUCCACCCGGAGGCCGCCCGGGCCCUCCUGGAGUACCGCAUCCGGACGCUGGGUGGGGCCCUAGACAAUGCCCGGAAGCUGGGUUACCAGGGAGCCAAGUUUGCCUGGGAGAGCGCAGGUUCUGGUCUGGAGGUCUGCCCUGAGGACAUUUAUGGGACCCAGGAGAUUCACAUAAACGGAGCUGUGGUGUUGGCCUUCCAGCUGUACUAUUACACCACCCAGGACUUGCAGCUCUUCCGAGAGGCUGGUGGCUGGGACGUGGUCAGGGCUGUGGCUGAGUUUUGGUGCAGCCGUGUGGAGUGGAGCCCUGAGGAGGAAAACUACCACCUGAAGGGAGUCAUGCCCCCCGACGAAUACCAUUCAGGGGUCAACAACUCCGUCUACACCAACGUCCUGGUCCAGAACAGCCUGCGCUUUGCUGCUGCCCUGGCCCAGGACCUGGGUCAGCCCAUUCCCAGCGAGUGGCUGGCAGUGGCUGAUAAGAUCAAGGUUCCCUUUGACCCGAGGCGGAACUUCCACCCUGAGUUUGAUGGGUACCAGCCUGGAGAGGAGGUGAAGCAGGCAGAUGUUGUGCUCCUGGGGUACCCCAUCCCUUUCCACCUGAGUCCUCACAUUCGCAGGAAGAACCUGGAGAUUUAUGAGGCUGUGACAUCCCCAAAGGGCCCUGCCAUGACCUGGAGCAUGUUUGCCGUGGGCUGGUUGGAGCUGAAGGACCCCUGGCGGGCUCGGGACCUCCUAGAGAGAAGCUUUGCCAACAUAGCUGAACCCUUCAAGGUGUGGACAGAGAAUGCAGAUGGGUCGGGCGCUGUGAACUUCCUGACAGGCAUGGGGGGCUUCCUGCAAGCGGCAUUGUUUGGAUUCACAGGGUUCAGGAUCACCAGGGAUGGCGUGACCUUCGACCCCAUGUGUCUGGCAGGGGUCUCUGGAGUGUGCAUCUAUGGCGUCUCUUACCAGGGGAACAAGCUGGACUUCUCCUUCUCCGAGGGCUCUGUGACAAUUGAGGUCAAAGCCCAGGCAGGACCCUGGGCACCCCUGCUGGAGGCUGAGCUGUGGCCGACACACACUCGACUCCUCCUGCUCCCAGGGCACAAAGUCUGCUUUCCCUCCUCAGCCGGACGGAUACAAAGGUCUCUCCUGUAGGCAGCAGAGGCAGCAAGUUCUGCUGCAAGAGUUUCCCAGGAGAAUUUUUGGAAGACAUUAGACACCUGCCACAGAACCCACAGGACCCCCUGCGGGACACCGUUGGGUCCUCCAGCCACACCAGUGUCCUCACCCUGGCGCUGUCUUGGGCGCUGCACCUGAACAGCCAGGGCUUCAGGGCUGUCUCCUGGGUCCUCCCAUCUGGCCUCCCUCUCUGGGUACCCCCAGCUGGCUGCAUCCGCCCAUCCUCAGCACCCUCCUGGCUUGCUGAUCCCCUCCCUCCUGCCCACGCUCCAUCCAGCAGCCGGGCUCACAGGCUCCAGGGAAAGUCUGAGUUCGUUGGCCCAAAGUUCAGGAUGGCCUGCCUCUACCUGCGCCCCUCCCCAGCCUAACCGUCCAUGGACAGCAGCUUGCCCAUGGCUUCACACUCAGUCACAUCUGUGCCUGCCUUUCUGGGCUGACACCUGCACCUGCACCCUUCCCCAGGACACCACAGGGGGCCAGGGUGGGGCCCCCACUCUGCUGAGAGGGCAGACACAGGUGCAAGCCUCCGUGUGCAGGAGGCAGGGGUGGGGGGCGUGAGGCAGCACGUUGGUCUGCUGCGGAAUUCCUUGGCACGCUCAGUUGCAGACCAGAAAGGAGCUUUGUGUGUCACACUUCACACACAGAUGAAGUCAGGCAUGGCCGGAUCCGGGUGUGCUCAGCACCCUCAGUCCGUGGCUCUUCCAGCCUCUGGGCCACUUCAGUGAGGUUGGACGGUCCCCGUCACAGGCCUUUCCUCAGCCAAGAAGAGAGGCUGGUGGGGUGAGAUGGUACCUGCUGCCAAGAUUUUUGUGAGAGCCAUGCCACCUGCGCCCAGUCUGCCUGUGGAAUAAAAAUUCUACGCUGGCAGAAGUCUGGGUGCCGUAA